CCUUGGCCCAAAUGUCGACGUUCAAUCCGACUCGACCAGCGCCCUCGCACAUGCUUCAAUGGUUCUUGUACUCACUUUCCGGUCUAUACUGCGCUAUUCACCGACCUUUGAAUUGCCCCAAAAACAGCUGACACGGCGCCAUGAAGCUGCCAGCGCCGUUCCGGUAUGCUGCCUUCAGAGCCGCUAUAGAGUUGUCGGGCGACAUCAUAAGCACCAUGAAAACUGACCCUGAUGAUAGCAAGACCUUUGAGAAUGUCGGGACGGAGUCUGCGGAUGUUUACUCUUCGAAGUCAUAUCUAAUAGUGUCCUCAUUGGCAUGGGCCCGAUAUUCCCGUAAGUAGCCGGAGAGAGGUUUCCAUAAUCAGGAAUACUAUAGAAUGUAUAAUUGGGA